AUGUUGGCUCGGACCCUCUUACUUACAAGCAGGCAGGUCUCCCGACCGACCUGCUCAAGUCCGUUCACCCAGCUUCCGCUCCGUCGAAGCAUCACGUCGAUUUCGCAAACCCUCCGCUUCCCACGACCCAAUCGUCCAUCGCAAUUCCUAAGCCCUUCCGGGGCCGUGGAGGCCAAUGGCACCUCGAUCUUCACAACCGUAGGACAGCGAAGAGGGAUGAAGGUGCGGACGUCCGUGAAGAAAUUAUGCGACGGAUGUAAGAGCGUGCGACGGAAGAAGAAGUAUGUCUACAUCAUAUGUAGCAAGAACCCGAAGCACAAGCAGCGGCAAGGAUAA